AUGGCCUCCGCUUCGUCAGUAACGCAUCAUCCUGCGUCCGAGGCGCCAUAUGAUGAAUCGAAGGGCAACCACGCGCAAGGCGCCGACGAGAAUGAGCCUGAGCCCCUGACUCGAGCAGAAACGUCGCAGUCGAAUAUCGGCCCUCCGAAGUCAGUAUGGCACGAGAUCAUCUUCGUCACUAUCGUGUGUAUGGCGCAGUUCAUGACCCAGGCAGCCCUGGGCAUGGGUAUCGUCCCUGCGCACAUCAUCGGGGCUAGUUUCGGCACAACAGAUCCUGGCGAGCUUUCCUGGUUUCCGGCAGCGUAUAGUUUGACGGUUGGCACAUUCAUCUUGGUCUCCGGACGCAUGGGCGACAUGUGGGGCCACCGGCUUAUGUUCGUUGCUGGAUUCCUAUGGUUUGCGCUCUGGUCGCUACUGGCUGGAUUCAGUGUAUAUUCGAACCGGAUUUUCUUCGACUGCUGCCGCGCAUUCCAGGGUAUUGGGCCGGCGAUGCUGCUUCCCAACGCGGUGGCAAUUUUCGGAAGGACGUACCCGCCGGGGUUGAGAAAGGCUAUGGCGUUUAGUUUGUUUGGUGCAACGGCUCCAGGAGGAUAUAUUGUGGGAGCGGCGUUUUCGUCGAUUUUCGCGCAGCUUGUUUGGUGGCCGUGGGGAUAUUGGGUGUUGGGGAUUGUGUGCGUGGCCUUUGCUGCGUUGGGAUAUAUCAUUAUUCCCUACUUGCCGCAUUCCAAAUCUGAAGAUGAUCAUUUGCCUGUGAUGGUCCAAUUGGACGUCUUGGGCGCCACGGCGGGUGUUAUCGGUCUUGUGUUGAUCAACUUUGCAUGGAACCAGGCGCCGUUAGUUGGGUGGAGUCACCCAUAUGUCUACGUCUUGCUGAUCAUCGGCUUCCUCUUCUUGUUUGCAUUCGCCAUUGUCGAACGCUCUGCCAAGUGCCCUCUACUCCCUCGCUCGAUCUUCACUGGUGACCUUGCCUGGGUACUUAGUUGUAUUGCGGCAGGCUGGUCUAGCAUGGGUAUCAUUGUCUACUAUUUCUACCAAUUUAUGUUGGUGAUCAAGGGUGAUACGCCUCUUCUUGCGACGGCCAAGUUCUCGGGUGCUGCAGCUUCGGGUGCGAUUGCAUCUAUCACAACUGGUAUUCUGCUUGGUUAUGUUCCACCGAGCGUUAUCAUGUUUUGCUCCAUGAGCGCGUACACGAUUGGCCUUUGCCUCGUUGCAACCUUGCCCGUCAACCAGAUCUAUUGGGGACAAGCGUUCUUCGCCAGUUUGAUCACCCCUUGGGGAAUGGACAUGUCCUUCCCCUCAGGCACCCUUCUUCUUAGUGACGCCAUGCCACGCAAACACCAAGGUCUAGCCGCCUCCCUUGUCAGCACAACCGUGAACUACUCCAUUUCUAUCGGACUCGGUUUCGCCGGCACAGUGGAAUCACACGUCAAUGACGGCGGCACAAACACAUUGAAGGGAUACCGCGGAGCACUCUAUAUGGGUGUCGGCCUUGCCGCUGGGGGUCUGGUGAUCUCCAGUUGCUAUGUCCUUGUGAACUGGCUGAAGCAUCGGAAAGAGAAGGGGGAGAAGGAGAACGAGAAGGAUGCUAGUCCAUGA